UGAAAGUAGUCGCUGCUUCUUCCGCUCUGGACACUGAAGUGGAGAGUCGUGUGUGAGAUUAGUGGAGAGUUUAAACUCGGUCUUAUUAUUAUGGAUCUGCUGUUAUAGACAAAAAACCUGAUAUGAACUGAUUUAAAAUGUGGACAUAUUUCACCACCAGCAGCGAUAUGACUGUAUGAAGAACAGCGAAGGAUUGUAUUAGUGUGAAUCUGUAGGAGGAGGUAAAGAGAUAAAGAUGGCAGCUGCUGGCAACAAUGAGUUUAAACUCUUUGGCCCCAGUGAUGAAGAGUACCAGCCUCUCCAUGUGGUCACUCUCUCCUGUCGUCUGUCUCCUGAAAUCAGUGCUGUUGCCGUGGAGAUCAGGUGGUUUAAGGGGACAGACUGUGUUUGUCUCUAUAAAAACAGGCAGGUGACAGAAGGGAGGGGCUACGAGGGCAGAAUGAGUCUGUUCACUCAGGAGCUGCAGAGAGGAAACGUCUCCUUACAGAUCAGAAACUGUAGACCAUCAGAUACAGGACAGUACCUGUGUCAGGUCACCAAUGGAGACACAACAGAGGAGUGUACAGUAGGAGUAUUUGGUCCUUUCUCAAGUAUAUCAGAAGUGAAAGGUGUGUCGGGUGGAGAGGAGAGAGAUUCUCCUCAAGUUCAAACUGUUUUAAUAUCUGAGGACACCAGAAAAUGGACAGAAGAGGAGAGAAUGAAAAUGAAGGAAUCUGCUCUGUUGACAGAGUUAUCAAGACAAGAUAAACUUCUGAAAGACAAAGAGAGUCUUCUAAUGGAGAGAAAUACACAGCUGAUGGAAAAAGACAAACAAAUACAAGAGAAAGAAAAACUUCUGACAAAAAAUGCAGAGACACUUCAGAUGAGGGACAAGAUGCUGGAAGAGAAAGAAACACUUCUUCAGGAGACAAAAAGCAAACUAGAACAAAUGAACAAAGAAUCUGAGAUGAAUCAGAAACAGCUAAAAGAUAAAGACACACAACUGGAGAAUCAGAUCAAACUGCUGAGAGAGAAAGAGACUCUACUGGAGAUCACAGUGAAAGAGGAGGAAAGCAGUAAAAAGCAGCUGGAGACUCUGAGAAAGGAACUGCAGGACAAGAGCAGCAAACUACAGGAGAUGAUGAUCCUACUGGAACAACAGAAAACUGAACUCACCCGUCAGCAGAAAGAGUUAGAAGAGAAAGAACAACAACUUAAACACACAGCACAACAGAAUUCAGACCUACAGACUGAAACUGAAACCCUGACAACUCUCAUUUCAUCACAGACGACUGAUUUAACUGUGAAGGCUAAACAACUUGAAGAGAAAACAACCAUUAUAACUGAGAGAGAUGCACAGCUAAUGGAGAGAGAAAAACAAGUGGAGGAGAAAGAAAAACUUCUGACAGAAAAUACAACAACACUCCAGAUGAAGGAGAAGAUUUUAGAAGAGAAAGACAAACUUCUCACAGAGACACAAGAUGAACUGAGACAAACAACAAAGACAUUAGAGAAUCAUAGAAAACAAAUGGAAGAAAUGGAGAAAAGACUUGUGGAGAAAGAUGAAGAAUUAAAAGAGACAAAACAAGAACUGAAAUAUAAAGAAACGAUUAUAAAAGAACAUUUAGAGACUGUUGAUAAGAGAGAUUCAUUAUUAAAGGAAACUAAUGAAAGAUUAGAAAGUGUUAAUAAACAGCUUAAAGAUAAAGACUCACAAUUGGAGAAUCAGAUCAAACUGCUGAGAGAGAAAGAGACUCUACUGGAGAUCACAGUGAAAGAGGAGGAAAGCAGUAAAAAGCAGCUGGAGACUCUGAGAAAGGAACUGCAGGACAAGAGCAGCAAACUACAGGAGAUGAUGAUCCUACUGGAACAACAGAAAACUGAAGUGAGUGAAAAAGACAAACAGCUUGAAGAGAAGGAGAGACUUCUAAGUGAGAGAAACACACAGCUAAUGGAAAGAGACAAGCAGGUUGAGGAGAAAGACAGACUUCUAGAGGAGAGAAACAAGCAGCUGCAGGAGAGAACAGAUCCAGACUCAGCAGCUCCAAGGGCAUUGAGUGAAGAGACUCCUGAAUCUGCAGCACCACUCAGGAGAAGAAACAGUCUAAGUCUUCCUCCAACAAUGAGUGGAGAAUCCUGUAGUUUGGCCUCUCCAGUGUCAGUUCCUGUAGCAGAGCUCAGGCUGGUGCUGCUGGGGAGGACUGGAUGUGGGAAGAGAGCAGCAGGAAACACCAUCCUGGGCAGAGAGGAGAGGAGCCAGGCUGGAGCGUCUACAGUGAGGCAGCAGAGUGAGAGCAGACAGGGGGAGGUGGCUGGGAGGCAGGUGACUGUGGUGGACACUCCUGACUGGUUCUGUCCUGGACUCUCUCUGGAGGAGCUGAGACAGGACGUGGGACUCUGUGUCCAUCUGUCUGCCCCAGGACCCCACGCCUUCCUCCUAGUCAUACCAGUGAAGCAGUCUACAGGAGAGGAGAGAGGCACGCUGGAGAAAAUGGAGGAGAUCUUUGGAGAGAGAUGUUUGAGGAACACCAUGAUCCUUUUCACUGUGACUGAUGAAGUCCAAGAGAAGAACAUUGAAGAGUUUAUCCAGUCAGGAAACCAGGAGGUGCAGAGACUUGUAGAGAAAUGUGGGAACAGGUUUCACUGUCUCAGCAUUAAGGAGAGUGGAGAUGGUUCUCAAAUCUCAGAGCUGCUGGAGAAGAUAGAGAAGAUGGUGGAAGGAAACAGAGAGAAAUUCUACAGCAGUGAGAUCUACCUGGAGACAGAAUCUCAGAUCAGAGCUAUGGAGACAAAGAUCAUGAAAGAAAGAGAAGAAAAGAAGCUACAAGAAGAAAAAGAAAUGAAAGAAAAACUACAAAAGGAGUUGCAGAACUCGUUGAGAAAAAUUGAGGGAGCAGUACAAGAGCAUGAAGGAGAGAUAAAACAACUGAAUGACCGAACAACUGAGCUAGAGAGAAGGAUGAAAGAAGAGAGGGAUGAAGAGAAAAAGAGAGAACUGGAACGAGAGCUGGAAAGAGAGUUAGAGCGAAGAACAGAAAUGGAGGAGAAGGUGAAGAGACUAAAAGAAAAGAGAGAGAGGGAGAGGAGAGAGAUGGAGGAGAGACACAGACAGGAGAUGGAGGAGAUCAGGGAGACGUAUGAAGGAGAAGCCAGAAUGGAGGCAGAGAGGAAACUCAUGAAGGUCAUCCUGCCUGAACUCCAGAGAAACAUUCUGGUCUCAAAGUCAAAGAUGCAGGAAGAGUUCAGCAGACAGAUGGAGGAGAAGGAUGGAGAGCUGGAGACACUGAAACAAAGCCUCUCAGAGCUCAGAGAGACUCACUCACUUCUGGAGGAGGUUUAUGAGAGAACAGUGAGGAGCAGCUCAGACUCAGAGAGAGCAGCUCCAGCAGCAGAAGGGGGGUCUAAGGGAAUCUUUCAGAGGUUCAGGAAUUGGUUUUAGUGAUGUGCUGAGAGACACAUCCUUACAGAAAAGAGGUUCCUCAGUCAGCUGUGAUGAUCAU